ACCACGGCCGCUAGGGCUCAAUUCCACGAUCAAAUCAAGGUUGCCUUUCGUCGUCCCCAAUUGAACUUAUUUUGCAUUUUCUAAUUAGAAGAUGAUAAUUGUGCGCAAGAUUAGGAUUAGAAUUCUCUGGACUCAAUGAUCAGAGAAAAUUGAUACGGUCUGCUUUUUUUUCUUUUCCUUCUAAAAAAGAAACUGUGAACGUUUGAUGAUUGCUAUGUGAAGCAGCGUCAAUGGAGCGAUCGCAUCAUGUGGAAGCGGGGAGUCUCGAAGCUUCUCUGCUUCAAAUGAUCAGCGAUCACAAUCAUGCCGCGAUUGAGCUACGGGAACGAACUGAGAAAGCGAAGAAAGAUGCUAUUCGGACUGCAAUCCGUGUGUCGGAUCUGCUCGUCAAAUCCGUUGAUGGUGGCGUGCGGGAGGUCUUCAUCAAUGAGGAGCGAAUUGAUAAGGAAAUUCAAGCACUGGCAGCAAGUAUUGUGCGAUUCUCAAAGCAGAAUGAUCAGUGGCUUGCAGCGUCUCAUGCUCUCAACACUGCUGUCAAGGAAAUCGGAGAUUUCGAGAACUGGAUGAAGACGAUGGAGCUCGACUGUAAAAGCAUUAGUGCUGCAAUCUGUAACAUUUACCAAACAUGACCUUCAAUGCUGUAUAUCAUUUUCCAAGACUCCAUGAGAGUAAAAACAUACAUUGAGGAGAAAGAAAAAACGAAAGAAUGAAUUGUUCAUAAAAAAAUUCUGUGCGGCAAUCAAUCCAUUUUAUUUUACAGUGUCAGGUCCUCUCAUUCUGUGCACCCUAAUCAUCAGCGUUUCGGUGAUAACACUCUUGAAGCAGGUUGAUGCAGCGAAUCUGAGAGCCAAGAGCCUCAUGGUCUCUUCUAGAAGUUUCUAGAAGUUCUUGUCAACGUGCUUCACAAUCCGUAUCAGUGUCUGAACUAGGGACAUCGUCAUUUGAAGUUUAUGAUCCGAACUUUGAAAUCUUCUAGAAAAAUGAUCUGAACUUUCGUUUAUUUUGGUUUGGAAUCGAGAACUCAAUGUUGGAAAGCUGAA